GCUUCCAACCGCUCCGUUGCAGACGAUAGAUGGAGAUAGCCGGGAAGGGAGGGUUCUCACCGGGGCGGGGGAGAGAAGGAAACUUUUUCUGUUCUGUUUUUUCUAACUUGCAGUUUGCUGUAGUGGGAGAAGAAAGCGGAUCUGCGUUAUGCUUGUCGCCAACGGCUGGCUUGUUUGCACCGUCGGUGGUGGGGGAGCGUGAAAGGUUAAUUUAAAGUUCCCAGGGAGAGUGAAGCGCUCGCGGCGGCGGACAGAAACUGGUCAACUCUCCUCACAUCUGCCCUUCCGAGCCAGUUUGAAACGAUUUCCAUCAAGAGGGGGCAGGAACAAAACCACGUUGGCUGUAGCUUUGGACAUUUUUCAGAAGUCUUGGGCUAAACAGAGAUAGACAGCGCCCCCCCCCUUCUGUACUCCUCCGCGGCUUUUGUGUUUUUGAAUGGUGGUCUAUUUGUCCUGCGUGACAGGGCCGAUUCGAUUGUCAAGAAGUUGCAGCUGCCAUUCACGCAAACAUCGUUUCUGACUCGGCACAGAUGGACUUGAGAUAAAGGGUGCUGAAGUUCCAACCUCACUUUGAACUUCAGCCGGUCCUGGAGCCUUCAACGUCCAACCAGAAUGGCUGAUCCCACUGAGAUGAGCUUCGAAAUGGAGGGGGCCGGCGUGACUGAGGUCAACACCUGCAGUUUGGAAACAGCCAGAAAAUAUGACGUUGUCCCUGCCGUCAUCUGCUCCAUGUGCUGCCUUUUCGGCAUAAUCUACUGCUUCUUUGGUUACCGAUGUUUCAAGGCCGUCAUGUUCCUGUCUGGUCUGAUGUUCGGCUCCGUCAUCAUCUUUCUGCUCUGCCACAAGGAGCACAUUCUGGACACUCAGCUGAGCGUGGAAGUCAGCGCGGGCAUCGGCCUGGGCAUCGGUCUCCUGUGCGGUCUGGUCACCAUGCUGGUGCGAAGCGUUGGCCUCUUCAUGACGGGCUUGCUUCUGGGACUCCUCCUUGCUCUUGCUGCUCUGCUGGUCACUCAACAGUUCUACACACCGACCACAGUCUGGGUGCCCCUGGGUGCUAUGCUGGGAGCAGGCAUGCUGUUCGCCGUGCUCACCCUGCAGUGGCAGAAGGUCUUCACCAUGAUCUCCACCGCUGUGUUCGGUGCAGCCAUCAUGACGGUGUGUGUCGAUUACUUUGUGGAGAUGCUGGCUUUGGCCACUCACGUGUAUGACUGCCUGCGCCUCACUCCGGGCCCAGCACUGUGCUGGUACAGCUGGGUCAUUCUGGGCAUCUGGCCUGCUCUCAGCCUCAUAGGGGUCCUGGUCCAGUGGAAACUGACGGAGGACGGUUUCUCACACACCGAAGUUGUCAUCAGUCGAAGGCAGAAGAGAGUCCAGCUGAUGCGGAUUCGGGAGAAGGACACUAAGAAGCGACAGCAGGCAGGUGGGCAGGAAGGCACGUAUCGUCGUAAAGCCACUCCAGUCAAACGUUACGCUGGGGACCUACUGGCACCGAGCUACCUGCAAAGCUUGCGAGACAAACAGAUGGACACAGGCACUUCCCUUAGCAGCCUCGGUACCACAAACCAAACUGUGAUCGACUUGGACUUUGACACCGGCUCCACAGCUCCCCUCACAACCACAACCCCAGUCGUCAGGGUCUGAGUACCACGCCGACAAGACGUUGAACUCGUCGUCCUAACGUAGAGUAGAGCCAAGAAAAUAGUCCGGGUGUUUCGUGAAACAAAAGGUUCCUCAUUCAGGAGAACUCCAGUUCAGUCAUACUCAAACCACUACAGCCAGAGUUUCUCAAAGAAACGCUGGUGAACAGAGACGUAAGGACUGAAAAACAUAACGGCACAUUUGAGCCUCCGAAACCGCAGUUUCUGCUGUGAUGUUCGGCGUUACCUGUACUGUACUUAUAUCAGCUGCCUUACUCGCUGUGUGCUUGUAGGGUUUAAGAACAUUUGACCUUGAAAAGGUGAAUUUCAUUUAGUGCAUUUUUACUCUUUUGGGUUAGUGGGAUGGGAAAGUGAAGUUUUAAAGUGGGUCCAAAACCCUGUCCUGAAGUCUUCAGCGGGGAGUUACGACAGCAGGAUCCCAGACCAUCCUAAUGUUGUUGUUUUUUUAAGUAGCUUCUCUCAAAAUGCAAUCAAAUUUGUUGUUUGCUUGUGAAGUCUGUUUUUUAAAGUGCAUAAUUUAAAUAAUGACUAAGUACCUGGUAGUGAUUGAAAAAGUAUGAUUGUUGUUCAUUUUUAGUUUUUUUUUUAAAUAAUUUGCAGUUGUUGGAAUAUCAUGGGGACAGACCUCUUGUUACAUGGACAUGUAAAUACCUGUUGAUAGAAAUGUCAUGAAUACAUGUUUGAUAUGAAAAAAAAGUUUGUUUUUGUGUGUGUA